AUGCAGGAACGCAAGCAAUAUCUACACGCGGAGCCGUAUGCAUGGCCUCACGAUGGUUCACUCAAGCCGGACAGCACUGCUCUAGUGGUCAUUGACAUGCAACGCGACUUCUGCGAAGAAGGCGGCUACCUUUCCCACCAAGGCUAUGACAUCUCCCCUGUUCGGAGCAUCAUACCAUCAAUCCAGCAGCUCCUCACCGCAGCCCGGGGGGCAGCCCUUCCAAUCUUCCACACCUGCGAAGGACAUCGGCCAAAUCUUGCAACGCUCUCAACCCGCGAACUCUUCCGGUCGCGCAACAACCCUUCAGGUCUAGGUAUAGGCGAUCAGGGACCUCUAGGCCGCCUGCUUAUCCGUGGCGAAGCUGGACACGAUAUCAUACCCGAGCUGUACCCGCUAAAGAACGAACCAGUGGUAGAUAAGCCUGGAAAGGGUGCUUUUGCUAAUACAGAAUUCGAGCUUAUGCUUCAAGUCAAGGGCGUGAAGAGACUGAUCGUCUGCGGUGUGACGACUGAUGUCUGCGUGCAUACUACCAUGCGUGAAGCGAAUGACAGAGGCUAUGAGUGUUUGUUGGUCGAGGACUGCUGUGCGGCUAGUGAGGCGAAGCUACAUGAAGCUGCUGUGGAGAUGAUAAGGACCGAAGGCGGCAUCUUUGGGUGCACUGCUAAGGUGCAGGACGUUGUCAGCGUAUUGGAGAACUGGAGGAAAUGA